CUCUUCCUUAAACUGCUGGAAUGUAGGCAGGCUUGUGGUGGUGUUAUUUUAGCCCGGACGUUUCCCGCUGAAUAACUUGGAGCCCAGCAAACUGUCUCCAGCCAGGGAAAAGGUCCUCAGUCUAUCUCCGUAGGCAUAUUAAGAAGUCGCUUCUACUCCCUGUUAGGGUGCUGGAGAGGCGCGGCACUAGAUCAGCGCGUGUGGAUUUUGCCACUUCCGAAGCAUUUUCAUGGCUUGAAACGGACAUUAUAUCAGAAUUCGUUCAUUCCAGAACUGUUGAAAAAGGGGUGUGUUCUUCACAUAUUCCUCCUCUUCAGACUCACUCGCUUACACACCCAUACUAAUGGAUCGGUCGAGAAACUCCUCCUGACUACGGACAAUGGUUCUCUCCACCUUCCCUCCCCUUUUUUUUUCUUUUGAGCUUUCCGAUGACGCUCCCUUUCUUUCUCCUGGCGGAGGCUCUUACGUCAAGGACGUUCAGCUUCGCACUGCUGUACCUCCCAGCCGCUCCUUCUUUCCCGGCGGCGGAAGUGACGCCACGCUGCAGGAGAGGGCUUCCGGUACGUAGGCCACAGUGGCCCGGCUACAGAUGGAGGAGCGCGCGGGGAGGUGAUUUUCUGUCUCCGUCUCGACUUGUUUCCAGCGUCUCCUGUUUCUCUCACUGCCACAAUCGGAGCUGCCUUCUUUGCCCGGGACCGAGGUGGCUGUGGCCUCUACACAGCCCUGCCCGCUCUCUAAGUGAGUGCAGAGGAGGGGGUAGCCGGGCCUUGUUUACACAGAGGGAGGGCGAGGGAAGAGGUCCCAUCUUCCUUUGCUCCGGUGCUUGUCGUUUAGGAGGCAGAAAAGUCAGAUGAAGUCAAAAGAGCGAUAGAAGAAAAAGUUGAAAAAGAAACAGUCAUUACUCUCCUGCUCUGCAGUUUGGCAGAGCACUAAGAUGUCUGUGGACAUGAACAGCCAGGGUUCUGACAGCAAUGAAGAAGACUAUGAUCCAAACUGUGAUGAGGAAGAAGAGGAUGAAGAUCCUGGGGACAUUGAGGAUUACUAUGUGGGGGUGGCAAAUGAUGUGGAGCAACAGGGAGCAGAUGCCUUUGAUCCUGAGGAAUAUCAGUUUACCUGCCUGACUUACAAGGAAUCCGAGAGUACCCUGAAUGAGCACAUGGCCAGCUUGGCCUCUGCAUUAAAGGUAUCUCAUGCAGUUGCUAAGCUUGUAUUAGUUAGCUUCCAUUGGCAAAUCUCAGAAAUCUUGGAAAGGCACAAGUCCAAUUCUGUCCAGUUGCUAAUGGAAGCACGAGUUCAGCCUGCCUCAUCCAAACACGCCAUGGUACAUUCCUCCCAGCACUGUGCGGUGUGUAUGCAAUUUGUCCGAAAGGAAAACUUGUUGUCUCUGGCUUGUCAGCAUCAGUUCUGCCGCAGCUGUUGGGAGCAGCACUGUACAGUUCUCGUCAAGGAUGGAGUUGGAGUUGGUGUCUCCUGCAUGGCUCAAGAUUGUCUGCUCCGGACCCCAGAAGAUUUUGUGUUUCCACUGCUACCUAGCGAGGAGCUGAAAGACAAAUACCGACGCUAUCUCUUCAGGGAUUACAUUGAGAGCCAUUUCCAGCUGCAGCUCUGUCCUGGAGCAGACUGCCCUAUGGUCAUACAGGUACAGGAGCCCAAAGCCCGCAGAGUGCAGUGUAAUCGAUGUAAUGAAGUUUUCUGUUUCAAGUGUCGGCAGAUGUACCACGCUCCCACAGAUUGUGCCACCAUUCGAAAAUGGCUCACCAAGUGUGCGGAUGACUCUGAAACAGCUAACUACAUCAGUGCUCACACUAAAGAUUGUCCCAAGUGCAAUAUCUGUAUUGAAAAAAAUGGUGGCUGCAAUCACAUGCAAUGUUCCAAAUGCAAGCAUGACUUUUGCUGGAUGUGUCUAGGGGAUUGGAAGACUCAUGGCAGCGAGUACUACGAAUGCAGUCGGUACAAAGAGAAUCCUGAUAUUGUAAACCAGAGUCAGCAAGCACAGGCCAGGGAGGCCCUUAAGAAGUACUUGUUCUAUUUUGAGAGGUGGGAAAACCACAACAAGAGCUUACAGCUGGAGGCACAGACAUACCAGCGAAUUCAAGAGAAGAUACAAGAAAGGGUGAUGAACAACUUGGGAACGUGGAUAGACUGGCAGUAUUUACAGAAUGCAGCAAAGCUACUAGCAAAGUGUCGUUACACGCUGCAGUACACAUAUCCGUAUGCUUACUACAUGGAAUCUGGUCCCAGAAAGAAAUUGUUUGAAUAUCAACAGGCUCAGCUGGAAGCAGAAAUAGAAAAUCUCUCAUGGAAGGUGGAGAGAGCAGAUAGUUAUGACAGAGGGGACUUGGAAAAUCAGAUGCACAUAGCUGAGCAGAGGAGAAGAACCCUGCUGAAAGACUUCCAUGACACAUAAAGUAGCGGGAGCUGUCAGGAUGCAGGGGUGAGAGCAAAGAGUGAGGUGGCGGUGAGAGCAGCAACAGAAGCAACGUGAGAAACCGGCCACCGCCCCCUCCACAGAGAAGGGCUGAGGACAACACUGCACCCUCCCCUUGCAAACCAGACACAAGCUAGCACCACAGCUUAGUCUUCUGUUUUUCCUUCUCUUUCUGCUUUUCAUUUUGCCAGGGUAGAGGCUGGAGUUCAGAUUGGCACCUUUUCCUGGGACGUUUUCCUCCCCAGCUCUUGGAUUGUUCUGGAAGGGAGUUCUGUUUUAUUUUUUAUUUUUAUUUCCUGAAUGGCUGUUAGUAAUGUUAGAUCAUUACAAACACAUGUAAUUUUCAACAGUUGUACAAUUAUACAAAACGAACCCUAGAAUAACACACAACCCUUUUUAAAAAUAAAUUGGAAUUGGAGUGUGUCUCCUUUUUAAUAAGCUGCUUGUAAACUAAAUGGCUGCUUCUCUUCUUUUCCUCCAAAUCCUCUUUUGCACUGAAAAUUAUGAAAUAGUCCAGCUGUCUGUUAGUACUUCUUAUGUGCAGUCUUCUGUUUGCCCUGUGACUAUAUGAGCUGAACAGUGCCUAGGCUAGAAACAUCAGCAGCUGCCAAAGGUCAGCAUACAGUUGAGUGCCUCUCCUUCGGCUGUGCAGGAGCAGAUAGGCAAAGUUCAGGGCAGCACUGGAAACUGUUCUGGUCCUGCUGUCCCAUCAGCUUUAGGUGGCCCAAACUAAAAUAAAGUAAGGAGUUAUGGGAGCACAGCUUUGCGUCUUGAUGGCAUUGUAGCAGGCUUUGCUUGGUGGCAGAAGAACAAGCCACAUACCUUUCAUGCCUUGUGUAUCUGUGCAGCUCCUUCAUGCACAACCUGAUUCUUUAUACGGCUGUAAGCUUGAUACAUCAAGGUUGACCCCUCUUGACCUGACAAGACCAGAGUUUCUCCACUGUGUGUCAAGGGAAAGCUGUUACACUUAACAUGAUGCCUGAUUUAAAAAAAAAAAAAAACUUGGCAGGAUAGGACAAGUCCUUAGAAAUGUGCCAAUGGUAAACUUACACUGCUGUCCUAGAAACUACUCCACUGCUGGAUGAAAACAACCAGCUAAAUCAGUGACAGCGGUGCAUAAUUAGUGCUGAGGUUCAUGGGUGGCUUAUUAUUAGCAGGGGACUGUAAACACUUGAAUGUGCAUAAGGACAAAUUUUCCUUCAUUCUUGUUAAGAGGCUAGUUUAAAAACAGUAAGCUUAAAAUGCUGUGUAAGAUGUGUAGUUACGAACAACAUACCUGGCUAUGUUGAUAAUCCAACUAGAAAGGAAGAUGGAAUAGUUGGCUUUCUCCUGAAGUUGCUCUAAUUUGAAAUAAGAACAUCUUGCUACCUGUUUACAAAAACAUGUUGCACUGAUCUUUUCUUUGUACAUUGAUCAAUCACCUUUUUUGGUUUUGACAAGGAGGAUUGGCUAGUACAAUAAUUAUUCUGUGCUUAUACCUGCCUUUCUACUCUUUCUAUUUUAUUAGCAUUUUGGAUUUGUCCUGGCUCUUGGGGGUAGUCUGCCAUGCCACCCUCUCACUCUUCACAUGCUGCUACUACUACCUCAAGUAAUCCAGUGAAAAUGAUUACCCCCACUACCUGCUUGCUCCCUUAGUAAAUGACCCCAAUACCUUUUUAAUAUCUACCCCCCCGCACCCCAUAGCCAGUUAACCACAGAUUAAGCAAGUAGGACUUAGAGGGAGAGGUACUAGGCCAAGCAAGUACCUGGGGAGGGGGGACUCUUCCCCCACUACUCUUCCCCCCCCCUGCUUCCCUGCUCUGCUCACCUUUUCUCUUUUGUUGGCCCUUUAUUAAGUCUCUUGUAGCUGAUGCAGCAUGAUGACCUCAUCAGGCUUGCUCCUUUAACCCAUGUCUUAUCUGCUGUAAGCAGAGAUCAUGUGAUUGUGUUCUCUUGGCUGUAGAUGUUUUCCAUUUCUCUGCAUGAAGUCCAGUUUGGGCCUUGAUAUAUAGAAACAGACAAAAACUUUUAGCAAGUGCAAAAAGUUCAACGUGUGUGAUUUUAAUUACUACACAACAUGUUAGCGUUCAUUCUGUUACUGUUUUGAUGAGAAGUAGUGCAUAAAGUGCUAGCACAGGAUUAUUUCAUUAACCCAGCUGAAGUUGAUAAAGAUAGGCCUUAUGAUAGGGAGAGCUGCAGGGUGGUAUGGCUUGUGACUUAUUUCUGUUGUUAAAUGCUGACUUGAUCUCCUUGCUUGCUUACGCAGUGUUAAGCCUUUGAAGGAGAUGAACAUAUUUUUAUCUUUAAACUUUACAUUUAGACUAAGCUCUCCAUCUCACUGAAUUAACUGAGUUAAUACCUGUUUUCUGUAAGAACUGUCCAGCGCAAAAUUGAGUGAUGUGUGACUUGCACUACAUCUGACAUCCAGUUGCAGCUGGUUGACUUAAUGGUAGCAUAUUCAUAACUUUCAAUGUUAAAGUCAUGUUUUCUAAACUUGUGGCCUCCACCACUCCCCAUACACUGCUUUUAGAUGUGCUACAGUAAGCCAGUACUGCUUAGCUGUCACACUGUUUAGAACAGGUAGCAUUCAUGUCUGUAUACACUAUCACUUUUAGUUCCAGAGAGUUUUACAGAUCAGCAUUUUCAUUUUUUUUCUCCAGUAUAUCCUCCUUCAUUCUUUUCUCCAGUAUAUCCUUCUUCAUUUCUUUUCUCCAGUAUAUCCUCCCUAUUUUAGAAUUGCAUAACAUUCAGGCUUUGCCAGAAAGUUUUUGUCACUCGUGGGAAUGGGCUAUGCUGUCAGAAAAUGUAUCCUCUUCUUUACUCUGGAAAAAGAAGCUAGUGUGUUUGCAGCAUGAUUCUAAAGUAGUAAGUCUGAGAGAGUUUGCUGCCUUAGAAAAUGUUUGUAAUUCUUCAACAAGUUAGUUGAGAUGGUAAGACUGCAAUUAAGAAUUAAUGGCAUCUCAACCCAGUGUUGUAGGUACUAAAUUUCCCUUGUUGCAGGCUAAUAUCCUGUACUGGGAACUUUUGUCUUUUUCUGUAAGGCUAAACCAGCCUAGCAACUGUUUUCAUCCUUUCACUGUGCUUUUUUAGUUUUGACUUGAUUUACCUUUGAUCCCAAUGCUUACUUUAUUUUGGUUUUGGCUUACAUUUAGUAUUACCUGCCAGAGUUUUCUGUGUAAAGAGAUACAAAACUACAAAACAGCUAACGUCAUGUCUUUACACAACUUCUGAUACUGAACAAAGCUUCAAGUUACACAGACUUCUGUUUGCCAGGAGAAUUUGGUGCAACUCAAAGGAUUCCAUGCAGACACCAAACAUGUCUGUUGUUAAUAGGAGAAAGAACCUUUAGCCCUUCAGAUGUUGCUGGACUACAACUCCCAUCAUCCUGACCAUUGGCCAUGCUGGCUAGAGCUGAUGGGAGUUGGAGUCUAACAGCUUCUGGAGGGCCAGAGGUUCCCUAUCCCUGCUGUAUUGAGUUCUGUACUUGCUCUCUUAUAGCACUCCUUCCUCUGCAGCAGCAACCAGGAGGUUUCUGUUGACAACAUAUACUAUGUGUCAGCUGUGUGCCAUGCUAGUUCUACAAGAAGAACCAGAGACUUCUCUUACUGCACUGUUUUAGUUCAUUCAAAAUUUGUGUUUGUGUUUCAAAAAUCAGUUGCAUUUCUCAACAGCUUUUUCUAGGAAAGUUCUUAUGUGUGCGCUCUCAAGUCUGGACUGUUCCAAGUUUUCAGGUAGUAGCUUCUGCUAUGGGAGCUUUUUUUAUUAUGCAGAGUGCUACAUUAUCAUGGCUGCCUUUGCUCUGUCCCUCACUGAGGUGGUGGGGAAGCAAUCUCAAGAAACUGCCAAUACUUUUCCGGCAUUAGGAGGGGAAGGGGCAAAGGAAAGAGCCCUUGAAGCUUCCCUCUACUGAAAUUGUUUAUUUGAAAUAAAAUUGUGAAUUUCUAAUUUUAAA